UUGAGAAGCAAAAGCGAAUGGAGCCGUGCGUUUAUCAGAUCAGUCGAAAUGAGGUGUUUUUUUAGCCCGGACAAACCGCUUCUUGUCAAGUUCCAAUUCGUUACCAUCUAGUUUUUUUGCAGCAUUAGCCCUUAGCUAUUUCUAAUCUCAUGUAGUUAUGUUUAGGUUUUGCAAUCCCUGUGAAUAUGCAUGACUUUCCUUAAAGGAGUGCGGCCAGCGGCCAUGAUAAUAUCCGACUCCGUGCUAUUCCAUUGACAUAGCCGUCUUUACAAUACUUUCUUACCAAUCCUCCUGCAGAAUGCCCAAAUGUAAUUUUAAAAAGUUCUUACCCGCUACAUUUGCCUGGACUGUGCUCGUUGGCACUACUGGAGUCUUUUUCUACUACCCAUGCCGCUUUUACCUCACUUCAUAUCCAUGGGUUAUAGUUAUUCAAGGAGUUAUCACAUUUUUUGUACUGGCAAAUUUCACACUAGCAACAUUUAUGGACCCUGGUGCUAUACCGAAAGCAUUACCUGACGAAGAGAGAGAAGAUGAUUUCCGCUCUCCGUUGUACAAAAAUACUGAAGUUAAUGGAAUUACAGUACGAAUGAAGUGGUGUGUCACCUGUAAAUUUUAUCGUCCUCCUCGUAGCUCGCACUGUAGUGUUUGUAAUCAUUGUAUCGAGACGUUCGAUCAUCACUGUCCGUGGGUCAAUAACUGUAUUGGACGAAGGAAUUAUCGAUAUUUUUUCUUCUUUUUGGUCUUGCUUUGUGUUCACAUGGCCAGCAUUUUUGCUCUGUGUUUAAUUUAUGUCCUUGUCAAGAAAGAAAACCUGAGUGAAGUGGAAACAGUUGUUUCAAUGGUCAUCAUGAUCCUCAUAGCUCUACUUUUUAUACCCAUCUAUGGUCUUACUGGAUUUCAUAUGGUACUUGUCGCACGAGGACGUACCACCAACGAGCAGGUGACGGGCAAGUUCAAGGGUGGCUACAAUCCUUUCUCAAAUGGUUGCAUCCAUAACUGUUUCUUCAGCCUCUGCAGUCCUCAAUUUCCUAGUUUACUCAAUUUAAAGACUGCCAAACACAAAAGACGGCAAGAUGCAGGUGAUCAGAUCUCCACAAUUGCAAAUGAAACGCAAACAGUCAAAACUUACAUGGACAAUAGCAAUGGAGUUCGAAGUUCAAAUUCCAACGCUUAUAAUAAGAUGUCUCCGGGGAGGGAGUGCUCGGAUACUGAUAUGGAGUUGACGGCUUCACAGUCACUGGAUUGCGAGCCAACUCCACCACUUCAUAGGCAUGGCUCAAAGAAUAACUUCUACCUGCCUCCUGUAGAUAGUAGCAUACAGCGGUCGAAUAUCCUCUCCAGAUCGAGAGUUUUAGAAUCUUCACGAUGUCACACUCCAGACUUAGACAAAGGAGGCACCUUAUCAGGACCGAGCCCCACAAUGCAACAGCGAAUCAAAGCUAUCGGAGUGCCAACACCAAUCGCUUUAUCUAGUCCGAUGAGAAGAUCGAAUCCAGGCACCCCAACUCAGCCGCGGAGGCCAGAUUUCAUUGGUGUAGGACGGAAUGCGGAUAGUAACUUGUUCUACAUGUACAGGAACUCAGGUCAUGACGGAAAAUCUGAAAACAAUUCGCAGAGGAAAUUCCUUUCGGAAGGGGAACUUCUCCGAGGCGGAGAAGCUACGCCUGCAUAUCCUAGAAGCAACAACACAGUUGAUAAUAUCCAAGAAUUAGCCGGAUCACCGCAAAGAGGAUUUUAUCAAUGGAAAGAUUCGUCUCCAAAUGCUUACAGUCCUCAGCAGCGGCCCGGCUUCGAUGAAUACCGCUCCAAUCCAACUAGUCCUAUGCAGCGAUCAUACUACCCUUUGGUUCAUGGUGGUAUCCCUGUCUACCCUCCUCCCCCUUCCCCCCAAGUAAAAAGGAAACACUUUGUGCCCAAUCAGCCGCAACAGCAUCAAACGCCGGUGCCACAACAACAAAUGUCACCCCCGUCCACACUCAGUGACAAUCGAAGGCGGCCCAUAUCAUUCGUUCGAGCACUAGAAAUGUCAGACUCAAUAGAAAUGGCAGCUGCCUCAUCUAAUUCACAGGACCCAAGGCAGAAUACCACGCCAACCUCUGAUAGGCAAAGUGUGUAUGAUAUGAACUAUGAGAUAUCGGUCUAGCCAAUGUAAUCUGUGCACAGUUGCACGGAAUUGUGUUUUUUACAAUUGUAUAUUUUUCCACUCAAACUCUUGCACAUAGCCUCUACGUUUUUAGUCAGGGAUCCAGAGUUGGUAAAGGAAGAAAUUGAACGAAAAUUUGAUAGUCUAGUCACUCGAUGCUUUGCUCAAACUUGUGGAAUGCAGGAAUUUUGUAGUCUAAUCAAAUGGAACAAUUUGCUGAUAAGUGUAAAUUGAGCAAACUGGAAUGGAAGUUUCCAAUUACAAUCCCUUAGUAAUGUACCAUUUCCAAAUGCUUAAUGAAGUAAUUUUUGUAAAUCUACAAAUGUUGAACUCAGUUUCAAAGGCUAAGCCUGACUCAGAGAGCUGAAAAAUUGAUAAAUUGUUUUUGAUAUGGACAAGGUACAAGAAAGUAAGACCAUUUUCUUCUCGUUAAAAUAAGGUUCCCAGAAGAAAAUAUUUUUUUAUGUGUACUUGUAAUUAAACAUUUACAAUGAGUUAUAGGUUAUAUUUUUAGGCAUUUACCUUGAUUUUCAGUUCUUUCUUGCUAAUUGAGUAAAAUGUGGAGCAAAAUCAAAGAGAUUUGAAAGUCAGUUUUAAGAGUUGGACUUGCACCAUUUAAAAUGUUUCAUUUUGUAAGUAAAAAAUGUUAACUAAUAGAAUCUACUUGGGAAAACUCAAAAUUUAGUUUAACUCAGAGCCCAAAGUAAGAGAGCUACAUGUCUUUGAUUGACUCGACCUGAGUCAGUUACAGGAAGCCAUUUGCAUUGGAACAUUUUUCUGAAAUAUUUUUGCAAGAAAUUUGUGAAUUCUCAAAAGUUUUAAAGGUUAUGGAAGAAAGCAUCAGCAAUAUCUAGUGAAACAGUAGACAGUCUAAUUAGAAGAAUGAAUGACUUAUUUUUAAAAGUUUAAGACUGGCACUGUAAUUUCAAAACCAAACUAAUCAGUAAGCCCAUCUCUGUCGCAUUUGAAAAAUACUCUUUUUCUACUGAAUGAAAAUUUCUCACGCCCCUGAAUACUUCACUUUUUUUGCAAAUUUUUAAGGCCUCGUAUACCCUUGAAUUUGGGGGGGGGGGUGCAUCAAUGGUUUUGGAAAUCCUUGUAUUCAACAUUAUCUGCUUAUUUCGUUCACAAAUGUUCAGAGGAUCGGUCCUCCUUGUUGUGCUGUGGGCAAAAUUUUAUCAAGUGUUGCUUGCACAUCAUGGACUUCUGAGCUAUUUACAGCUGUACAUCUAAUCAGCAGAGAACAAACAAACAGAAAAAAGAAUCUCCUUUUUCUCAGGCAUUCUUUGAGGCCUCUAUAAUAUUUUCUUUUUUGCUCAUAUUUGACAGUAGUCGAAAUUUGUGUUUAAAGUCCUAGAAAAAUCUAUAAAACUCCCUAAUUUUAAUAAUGUAACUUCCUCAAAGAAUCUUCGGAAAUCAUAGAUUCUGGUUUUAAAAAGCUAAAGUUUAUAAACCUCGAGUUCUUGAUUUUUAUGACAGUCUAAUUCUUCAAAUAGUGAAGG